AUGUCAACCCAAGCUGCUCCGGCCAUACCUCCUCGACCGGCUCGAUCUCCAAAACCGCCGUCUUCGUCUUCGUCGUUAGAUAUGCCCAAGAUACCACCGCGCCCGGGCAACCGCCGCAAUGAUCGUCCGGUUUCGCCCAUGCGUGAUAGCUAUGCACCUUCGCCGUUCAAUGAAUGGAGCGGUCCUAGCAUGAGUCGCACCGUUUCAAAUGAUCUGCCUCCGCGUCCCCCCAGCGUCACGAUACCGUCUCUCGGCGAGGAGGGUAUUGAAUAUGCAGACCUCGACCCGGGAAACGUGUCGGACAACCACCACCAAACACCUGCGGAGACUCGCAAUGUUGGCAGUGAUCUUAAGAUCCACGCACCGAGACCUUCGCUGCCGAUAUCAAGUGCUGAAGCAAAAGUUCAGGCUGUCACUCGUACUGAUUCCCGCCAGGCUGCUGCAGCAGGACUGGGCCGUGGCGUUUCGCCUGCUCGCGAGGAACCAGAUCGUUCCAGUCGUUCACUGCAUUCCCGAACAAGUGGCUCACGCACCGAAUCCUCAACUGCACCCAAUGAGCGCCGAAAAUCUGCACAUAUCGGAGAGGAACAGGGAUUCCGCGUGCCCAUGUACCCCCAUGCCGGUGACGUCCAGGCACCGUCCCCCAGCCCAUACCUCGAACAGGGCUCGCAGCCAUCGAGCCGUAACCACCAUCGCACUCGUAGUGCUCGGGACUCUUCCCUGCCCCCCGGUAGCUACGGUUUGCAUGGACAUGGUGUUCAGCAUCCCGACAAGUUUGAGAAGGCUUGGUAUGAGAAACAUCCCGAUGAAUUCGUGAAAGAGGAAGGACAAUAUGGCCCUGGUGUCGGCACUCCGCGUCCCGAUUGGGCAAUGAGUAGCGACGAUCUGAACAAGAUUGUUCGAAGCUCAGCCCAGACCGGUUCCGGUCUUGGUACUUCCCCAACUGUUGUGGGCACCCCCGAGGAGGAGGUUGGCUAUAUAGCAUCUGACGAGUACAUACAUCACAUUGCUUCUCCCCCUGCUGACGCUCGACUCGAAAGCCAGCCGACUGUUGAGUCGCCUCUUCGGCAGAUGAGUUUUCCUUCAGAAGCUACGCAGAAGCAAACCACCGCAAGCCCGUUGCAUCAACGUAGGUCCAGCUCGCAUGGACAUCGUGAUCGUGGCGUGAUCCAUGUGGACGAUCCGAUGCAAAGGAUGCACCACCCGGACGGAUUUGCCCCGACCCCAGCGCUGGAGGAAAAUGAGCCGACAUAUGAGAAUGCUGUGGAGGAGGAAGAGCCAAUUUUGGCCGCUGAUGAAGUGCGCCCUGAAUCGGCGUACUUGCAUCCCGCUAUCUCGCCGACAUUUGAUCGUCGAGCAAGUUUUGAGGAUGAUGGCCGCAGUCGGACCCCCAGUGUCACGCACAGUCGAUCCAACAGUCGAUCAGCAAGCGCCCAAGGUCAAUUUCCGGUGCUGACCCGCUAUGACUCGCGUGAGGACACGCAUACACCUCUUGAAGACGUCGAGGAGUACGAGCCGCUAUUCCCUGAAGAGGAUGCUAAGAAAGAGAAAACCGUGUCAGCUGCGGAUCGUUUCAAGAAAAGGCCCGACACACUCAGGCAUAGAUUCCCUAGCCAGGAUAUUUGGGAGGAUACCCCAAACAGUCUGCAACUUCAUGCCACCGUCACCACCCCAGAUCUGCCCAAGCGAGACUCUUCCGAGGUCUUUGAGACACCCGAGCAAGAGGUCACACGCAAGAUGCAGAACACCAAAGUCGACUCUCAUCAGGUGGCCACCCACAUCCUGGAAGGUGAGAGUGUCAAGGACAAAGUCCCCGUGCGACCAGACACUUUGAAACAGCGUUUUCCCAGUAGAGAUAUUUGGGAAGAUGCCCCUGAUAGUCACCAGCUGGUGACCACAAUUGAGCCCGCAAAAGAAGAACUGAAAAGUCCUGAAGCACCUUCCAAGCCUGGAAUCCCCCCACGCCCGCAGAGACAGCCUCGGUCUACCUCACCAACUGAAAAGCGCCAACCACCAACAAUCCCAGACAGACCUAAGCCCCUGGUCCGUAGCCGUGCCGCUAUGUUCGGUGCCCAGGCUGCAGCAAACACCACUGAAACCCCGAGAGAGGCUCCCGCAGUCAAGGCCAAGCCCACAAUCCCUGUUCGUCCGGGUGGAAGCAAAAUCGCAGCUAUGAAGGCGGGCUUCCUCAAUGAUCUGAAUUCACGUUUGCAGCUGGGCCCACAGCAGCCCAAGCCUCAGGAAAAGAAACCCGAGGCGCCAGUUGAGAAGCAACCUCUCAACGAUGCUCGCAAGGGAAGAGCUCGCGGCCCAGCACGACGCAAGCCAGCCGUUGAGAACACCACUUCCAGACUCCCCACUAUUCCAGAGAUCAAAAUUACAGAAUCGUUGAAUAUCUGGCAAGUCGGCCGGGAUGGGAAUCUGGUUGUUGGGGCUGGUAACGACAAGGAAAAGCCAUCCGUUGCAGUGGAAGCAUCAUUGGUGCCCACCGAGCACCCAAUGGCCCCUCCGAUCGCCAAGAACACUGCCGGUGAAUUUGUAGACCCAACACCUGAAUUUCCCGUUGUGAAGGAUAUUACCUCACCCGGCACCACAACAGCGGAUGUUCAGCUUACGCAGACCCCAGCGGAGAAUAAGGAACCGUCUGGGUCGUCUCUGGUGGCAACUGAAUUGGGGGAGAAGAAGGAGGAGGAGGAGAAGGAGAAGGAGGAGGAGAAGAAGGAGGAAGAGGAGAAGGGCAUGGAGAAAUAUUGCGUGAACGAGACAAAAUCCUCUGAACCUGCAUCUGAGCCAACUGCUGUUGCCGCGGCAUUGGCUGAAUCGGUCUCGACUCCAGCUAAGCUGGAUGACGUCCUGGAAGAUAUGACUGCCUCAGCUGACGGCAAGAGGGAGUCUGAUGGUAGCAUUCACCCUGCACAGUAG